UAUUAUCCUUGUACAUUAUGCAUUCAAACAAAGAUGUUAUACCUUUAUAUAAUCACAGAUCCCGAUAUGAAAAAGACUUACCAGCCAUUUAUAUUUGUAUAUCACUGUUUUCAAUUGUGUAUAAUCCCACCAAUCAACUAUCGAGUAUGGUUAUGUUCAUUAUUCUCCUUGUACAUCAUACAUUCAAAGAUGUUAUCCCUUCAUUUUUCAACAAGAUACAUGGAAGGCACACAUUUGAUUUGUACGUUUGGUUUUUAAGUUGCACUGGCAGGGAGAGGGGGGGGGGAAAGAUAAAUUUAAAUUUAUUUCCAAUUCUGCGAUCGGUAGAUCCGUUCUGAUCUACCGAGAUCCACUGGGCUUCAAUGGUUCGUUUCCAUCCUCUUGAUUCCAACAAGGGUCGUUUCUCUAAGCUUCGUUAGAAAAAGCACCACUGUCCUCAUUCCUGUCGCCCAGCUCUCCUCCUCCUCCUCCUCCGCUACAGACGGCGACGGCGACCCGUGGCUGGCCCGUCGCUGCCCUUUCGUUCCCGAGCAUCGCGGGGCGGAGCGAAGGGGGAAAGCUGGCUUCACCCCAUUCGAGCCUAAGCUUCGAUUCACCGGCCUUUCCCCCCCCCCCCCUGGUCUCCACCCUGAAGGUACCUGGGGCCAAAGGCGAGGCCGCUCCUCCCUUUCCCCGCCGCUGCUGCUCACCUGGCCGAGAUCCUGGCGAGGGAGAAGCCGCGGGGAAGGAGCGGUUCGUCUCACGGCUGGCGGGCGUGAGAGCUGAAUCACAGCCAGCGCCUGAGUGAUUCAAUGAGCCUCCAAGCCACCCGCUGUCUGUCCCGAGAGUUUCCGGAGGAGGGAGGGGGAAAGGACCGGGGAGGGGGGGGGAGGAAUGCUAUAAAAAAGGAAGAGCCGGCCAACUUCUUAGUUAAAGCCGCUGCAGGCGCCCGCGCACAUCCACGCGCGCCCACGCAACCCUCUUCUCCCUUUCGCGAACUCCCUUCGGAGAGUCCCGAUGGCGCGGCGGUCCUUUCCCACGCCUGGCGCUCCAGCCUUGCUGCUCUGCGCGGUCUUCGCUCUGGUUCCCUCCGACUCAGGUAGCUCUGCGGUACAGACAGCGGUAAACAUUACUUGGUCCUCAAUCAAUUUUAAGACUCUUCUCCACUGGGAUCCAAAGCCCGUUGGUUAUUUUUAUACAGUUGAAAUGGACGGGGAUUUGUUACCACGAGAAAAAGUAUGCAUUCGUACCGCUGAAACUAAAUGUGAUGUUACGAAUGUGAUAUUUCAGAAUUUAAAAGAUACGUACAUGGCACGCAUAUAUUCUGAAAUACCAUACGAUGAGGAUAAUUUCGAAACACCUCCAUAUGAACUUUCUUCAGAGUUUGUACCUUACACACAAACUGUGCUUGGAACGCCAACCGUAACACGCUUUGAACAAAAAGAUGAAAUUCUAAAAGUGGAAGUAGCCGAUCCACUAACACCGCAUAGAGUUAAUGGUACCUUGCAAACUAUCAGGGACAUAUUCAAAAAUGAUCUGGAAUAUCUGUUACACUACUGGAAGGAUCAGAGCACGGGCAAGAAAUCAGCAAAGACAAAAACCAAUCAAUUCACAGUUGGUGUCGAUAAAGGGAAGAGCUAUUGUUUCUAUGUUGAGGCUAAUAUUCCAAGCCGCUUAAAUAACCAGAAAAGUCAAAAAAGCAGUGUAAAAUGUACCAGUGUCCACAGGGAAGACUUGGAUGCUCUUGAUUGGGACAAAAUCGUCAUAAUAGUAGCUGCUGCUGUCGGAGUCCUCAUUCUGAUUAUUGUUUCAUCCGUGGUGAUAUACAAGUGCAAAAAAGCAAAGAGCAGACCAUCAGAGAAAGAAUAUAUGCCUCAAAUUUGUAAGGACAAUGACAUGCCCUGAUUGAGCAAAAGGCUCGAUAUGCGUUAAUGUUGCAAUGAUGCCAUGGUGGAGGAGGGAAAAUUCUCUGGAAACAAUAAUAACUGACUCUUCGUUGUACAUACGUUUAUGGUUUCUGUGAAACAUCUGGUUUUAAAACACUAUUUUAAACUCCUGUUUUAACUUCACUGUUAAGACGACGAGAACUGUUUGAAAUAUAUUAACUGACAUAUGAUGAUGAAAUGUUAGGGACGCGGUGGCUAAGACGCUGAGCUUGUUGAUCAGAAAGGUCAGCAGUUCAG